GGUCUGCAGGAGGUGGGCGAGGUGGGGCCGGAGGGCCCCCGCGGGCUGCUCAGCGGCCUGUGGGCGCGGGGGCCCCAGAACAGCUUCCUGGAGGUGAUAGCGGCCGCGCUGCUGCUGCCGUCGGCGCCACCCGGGACCCCACAAAAGGAGCUGGAACUGGACAACCCCCAAGCCCCGGGAGAGGGGCGUCACGAGCUGGUUCAGUGGCUUCUGGGCCAGUCAGACACCAUGGCUGCUUUGUGCCACAGCCUCCCGUCCGAGCUUCUAACUUCGGUGGUGGGUCGCCACCCGGAGCUCGUCCAGGUCUACCUGGGUCUGCUGACCGAUUGGGGCCGACGGCUGCACUACGACCUCCAGAAGGGCGAGUGGGUUGGCGCCGAGGCCCGAGAGGGGCCCUGGGAGGAGUUGUACAGCCGGUUUCAGAGCCUCUGCCAGGCCCCCUCGCCCCUGAAAGAUGAAGCUCUACGUGCCCUGGAGACUUGCAAGGCACAGGAUGGAGGUUUCGAAGCCCCUGGCCUUAGCAUCUGGACAGACCUGUUGUUAGCUCUUGGGAGCGGUGCGUGAUGCUGCAUUUGGGGAAAGACAAGGUCUCGGUCUCAGCCCAAGCCCAGUUCUAUGUGGGCAACAUUCUCUAUUGACUACUUGGACAUAUGGUUUACAGAAUUAAAAUUUCAGUGUUGCCACCAAA